GGAGGCUUCCUCUGGCCCAGCUGCAUGGGUCUGCCCCCCACUAUUCCCGCCCUGGACACCAGACAUCCCAGAAGGGCAGAUGAGGAAACUGAAGAAUGGAGAAGCGUAGUGACUUGCUAGAGGUCCCCCGGCAGCCAAGCUACCGAUGAGAGAGCCGCCGUGGAAGGUCUUGACAUGGCCCGUUCGCCCUCCUUUGUCCUCAACAUCCAGGAGCCUGAGGGGGACCCCAGCCAGGACCCCAGCCCCUGUGACGAGAGCGGUUUGCAGAGCUCCUUCCACCAGCUGAUAGAGGAGCAGAGCCAGCAGGCCGAGGCCCUGGAGCUGCAGGAGAGGCUCCUCGGGGACCCAGACAACGGCCAAGGCCCCGGCCCGCCCGAAUACUCGUCGGCCACGCUGCAGAUCCUGGCCAGCAUGCCCAGCCGCACCAUCGGGCGCAGCCGAGGGGCCAUCAUCUCCCAGUACUACAACCGUACGGUCAAGCUGCGGCGCAGGAACACCCGGCCCGCACUGAGGGACGUGGCGGGCUCGGCCCGCCCCACCAUCCGGCAGUACCACCUGGACCUGGAGCCCACCACCAGGGAGGAGGAGGAAGAGAAGCAGAGCCUCCUGGUGAAGGAACUGCAGGCCCUUCCCGUGGGCCAGCGAUACCACACGCUGCGCUCGAUGCCCCUGAGCCUGGCCGAGAAGCGUCGUCUCUGGCAGGACAGCUGUGACUGGACGGGCAGGCCGAGCAGAGGGCGACGUGGCCAGGAAUUCCUUCCUUGCUGCAGUUACCUCAAAUACCACUGCAUCAUAGCCCUGCGCGGCCUGUGGUACAGGCUCCUGUCGGGCCUGCACGCCCUCCAGCCUUGGCACAACGCCCUGAAGCAGAUCAGCGGGCAGUUCGGGUCCAGCGUCCUCUCCUACUUCCUGUUCCUCAAGACCCUGCUCACCUUCAACGCUCUGCUCCUCUUCUUCUUCCUGACCUUCAUCGUGGCCCUACAGGCCGCCUUCCCCCCGCCCCAAGAAGCCGCCCGCCGGCCCGCCUUCGUGGGUCUGGAGCUCCUCACCGGGGCCGGUUACUUCACCCACACGGUGAUGUACUACGGCUACUACAGUAACUUCACCCUGAACCAACCCUGCUCCUCCACCGCCAACGCCAGUCACUGCCCUCCUGGAGAGGUCAGCCUGCCCUAUAACAUGCCGCUGGCCUACCUGCUUACCACUGGAGUCGCCUUCUUCGUCACUUGCAUCGUCCUGGUGUACAGCAUGUCCCACUCCUUCGGGGAGAGCUACAGGGUGGGCAGCACCCUGGGGGCCCACGCCGUCGCCGUCUUCUGCUCGUGGGACUACAAGGUGACCGACUUGCGCGGCAUCCGGCUGCAGCAGGACAACCUCCGCACCCAGCUGAAGGAGCUGGUGGCGGACUGGCAACUGAGGCGGCACCCGCUGGGCUGGUGGAGGCGACUGUGCCAGCUGGCGAGGGUGGUGCUCGUGUGGAUGCUGUGCCUGAGCGUGGCUGUGGGCUUUGCCAUCGCUGUCUAUUACUUCUCUGAAUAUUUGCACCAGAGUGACAGGCCUGUCGCCUCCGGGAGCGGCCCGUGGGAGCAGGAGGCCAAACUGCUGGUGCUGCCCUUGGUCGUGGGGCUCAUCAACCUGCUGGUGCCCUACCUCUACAUGCUGCUGACCACCUGGGAGCUGCACGACUCACCCGGGCUGGAGGUCUACAUGGCUAUCUGCAGAAACCUGAUCUUGAAAAUGGUGAUCCUGGGGCUGCUGUGCUUUCACUGGCUGAGCCGCAAAGUCAGGGCGCUGCAGGACCAGUGCUGGGAGACGUUUGUGGGGCAGGAGCUCUACCGCUUCGUGGUGAUGGACUUCAUCUUCACCCUGCUGGACACCCUGUUUGGGGAGCUGGUCUGGAGGCUCAUCAGCGAGAAGCGGGAGGGGAAGCGAAAGCCCGAGUUCGACAUCGGCCGGAACGUGUUGGAGCUGAUUUACGGGCAGACGCUGACCUGGUUGGGGGUCCUGUUUUCCCCCCUUCUCCCGGCUGUGCAGAUCAUCAAGCUGCUGCUGCUCUUCUGGGUCAAGAAAGCCAGCCUGAUGGCCAACUGCCAGGCUCCCGGCAAGCCGUGGCAGGCGUCUCACAUGAGCACCGUCUUCAUCACGCUCCUGUGCUUUCCCUCCUUCCUGGGCGCGGCCAUCUUCCUGUCCUACGCCAUCUGGUCAGUGAGGCCGUCCGGCACGUGCGGUCCCUUCCGGAACCUGGACACCAUGUACGAAGCCGGCAAGACCUGGGUCCGCCGGCUGGAAGGGGCCGGCCCCCACGUCUCCUGGUUCGUCUGGAUCCACCAGUACCUGGUGGAGAACACGUUCUUCCUCUUCGUGCUGUCCGCCCUGCUGCUAACCGUCAUCUACCUCAACAUCCAGGUGGUGAAGGGGCAGCGCAGAGUCAUCCGCCGCCUCAAGGAGCAGAUCAGCAAUGAGGGAGAAGAUAAAGAAUUUCUCAUCAGUAAGCUGCAUGCCAUUUACGGGAGAAGAGACCCCUCCCUCUGAGCAGGACCGCAGAUGGCAAGGGAGGCGACCUGCCCGAGGUCCCACAGCAGGCAAGCAGAGGAUCCGGGUCUAGCCACCGAGUCCCGCGGCUUCUCUUGCAGUGUCCACAGCAGCUCCGUUCUCACACACCCGAGAAACCCCACGCUUCGCCUGUUUUAGAGGCCGUUCCAGGUCCUGGGCCUUAAAAAGAGAUCAGGACCCCGGGGACAAAGAAUGAGCGGUCCCCUCGCCAGGCUGCAGAGGAUAAAGCAGAAACACAACCCCAACUGCAACUCACAACACGCGGGGCACGGGUCCCUCUGGGGGGUUUGUCCCCGCUCCGCCACACGCGAAGCUCGGGCCGUCCUUCUUCAAAAACGGAAUGCACAUUUAUUUGAACAGCCAAGGAAAAAAAAAACAAAAAACUGCAUUUAUUAAGUUUCAACGAAGCUUCGUACUUUCGGGGAGUGUUCGUUAACAAUCACAUUCUAGGAGGAGAAAACGUUAAAAGCCACAAACUUUUUUUUUUUCUUAAAUCUCAGAGUUACAGACAUCUUAAAUCGAAAAUAAAGGCAAAGAAAUGACACUGACUUUUUUUUUUUUAAAAAAACUUCCAUCCCCAAUUUUAAAACACCAGGAGUUUUUUUCUUUUUCUACAACUCAAUGCUAAACUUCAGCAUGGAGGAACUGUAUGUAAAGCGCACGGGCGUGUGCGCGCACACAUACACACAUACACACCCAUAUAUAUAUUUGAUAUACAUAUCCAUCUGUACAUAUAGGAAAUAUAUAUAUAUAAUGCAUGUAAUGGCAAUGAGAUGCAGUUACUCUGAGGAAGGGUUAUUUAGCUAAAUACACUACCCAAACUUGAGAAAAAAAGUCUCAAACCCAGUUUGUGCAUAGUUCAUGAUCCUCUAUAAAACCAGCUUUUGUUGAUUUGCAAUCUUGCAGGACCCUCUGCUUUUUUGAUAAAACCAUUAAAAAGCUAAUUUUCAAAAAAAAACAAAAACAACAAAAAAAAAAACAAUGUAAUGCACAACUUUCCUGAUCCAACCAGGCAGGCAAGGGAGCACAAUGUUCAUAUAUCUUUUUUUUU